GACCUUUCUCUCUAAGGUCCUUCAUUCUGCGCAAGCGCAGAUCACCCGCUGCAAGCAGCUCAGUAGAGCCAAGAUGGCGGCGGUAGUAGAGAAUGUUGUCAAGCUGCUGGGUGAGCAGUAUUACAGGGACGCUAUGGAGCAGUGUCACAACUAUAAUGCCCGUCUGUGCGCAGAGAGGAGCGUGAGGAUGCCUUUCCUCGACUCUCAGACAGGUGUCGCCCAGAGCAACUGCUACUUCUGGAUGGAGAAACGACACAGGGGACCAGGUGUUGCCCCAGGUCAGUUGUACACUUAUCCAGCACGUCGCUGGAGAAAGAAGAGGAGAGCUCUCCCUCCAGAGGACCUUCGUCUAGCCUUCCCAUCUCUAAAGUCCGAGCUGGAUCUGGGGCUUAAGAAGGAAGUUUUCUCCAGUGAUGGAAGCAGCUUAGAGGCUCUUUUGAAAGGAGAGCCACUGGAUAAAAGGUCAGGGUUGGAGCUCCGCACAGGGGAGGAGGAGCCCAGCUCUAUAGAGCUCUCCACUGGGGCACUAAACCCCAGCAGCAGGGUCCGAAAGAGAAUUUUGGAGCCAGAUGAUUUUCUAGAUGAUCUUGACGAUGAAGAUUAUGAGGAAGAUACUCCGAAGAGAAGGGGAAAAGGCAAGGGAAAGGGUCGUGGUGGUGUCAGCAGCGCUCGGAAGAAGUUGGAAGCAGCAGCAGCUUUGGAAGAUCGGGACAGACCGUACGCCUGUGACAACACUUUCAAACAAAAGCAUAUUUCAAAAUCUUCCGAAAGAGUCUGUGGGAAGCGCUAUAAGAACAGGCCUGGUCUCAGUUAUCAUUACGCCCACUCUCACUUGGCUGAGGAGGAGGGGGAGGAGAAAGAUGAGAUGGACAUUCGCGAACCAACUCCACCCCAACAGGAUGAACCAAAGACUCCAAAAAAGGGCCCAGACGGUUUGGCUCUGCCGAACAACUACUGUGAUUUCUGUUUGGGAGAUUCCAACCUGAACCAGAAAACUGGCCAAUCAGAAGAGCUUGUGUCCUGCUCAGACUGUGGUCGUUCUGGUCACCCUUCAUGUCUGCAGUUCACUCCAGUGAUGAUGGCUGCUGUGAAAACCUAUCGCUGGCAGUGCAUUGAAUGCAAAUGCUGUAACAUAUGUGGAACAUCAGAAAAUGAUGACCAGCUAUUGUUCUGUGAUGAUUGUGACCGAGGUUAUCACAUGUACUGCCUCUCGCCCCCCAUGUCUGAACCUCCUGAAGGAAGUUGGAGUUGUCAUCUGUGUUUGGCUCUCCUGAAAGAGAAGGCCUCCAUAUACCAGAAUCAGAAUGCUCCGCCCUCGUGAUGGUCCUUUGGGAAAGACAGAUCCUCGAUCACAUAGUUCCUGCCAAGAUUUGUUUGUUUGAUUUAAGCAAACAAAAUAGGUGGAACAGAAGUUGUAGUGGAACAGAAAAGGGACAACCACCUCGCCCAGGCCCUCAGACACAAAUAGCAGGAGAGAAAGAGAGAGGGAGUGAGAAAGAAUGGCCUCCUUCUCUUAUUCCUCAUUUACAUCUCAGCAGGUUUGAUCUCAGUAUGACUGUUACACAGUUCCAAGUUUCAAACUACCCUUGCUCUUUGUUUUCAACUAUUGGCCCCCCACAACGAAC